AUGGUGUCCAUCCUCUGGGUGUGUGCUUUCAUUAGCCCGACUUGUUUGCCAACUAGUGCAUUUCGCCCCGCCACUGACACUGAGACGGCAGAGACGGAUGCAAAGUCCGGAGGCUCUGAGAUCCAUGGCACUAGCCUUCGGGCUUCAGAAGUGGUGCAGUUCUCUGCUGGCGGUGGGGCGUCCCUCAUCCAGUCUCUCGCUGAGGUCUCCGCAGGAGACGGAAGUGCCGAAGCCGGUGCCCCGGCUGACGAGUGUGAGAAGCAGCUGAAGAACCUGGAGGAGCACGUGCUUGAAUUCUGCCGAAAGGUUCAGCCCGAAUUGAAGAACGGCACCUUCAAAUGGCUAACGUACAUCACCGAGGUCGACGCCGCGGACAUGGCCUCCAAGAUCAUGCAUGCCCUUCGCUGGGGCAAGCGCGAUGCUUCCCACGGCCUGCUCUUCACAAAGCAAGCCUUCCAUGACAAGAACUCGACGUUGCUGCUAUGGAGCGGGGUCAGCCCGGAGUCACGGGAAAAGUGGUGCAAGGCCCUAAACACAUACAUGCUGCAUGCUGGCAGCAACAGCGACCUGCAGACGCCCUUCGGGUGCCUCAUCGAACAGACAAAGGAUCAACAUAAUGGCAAGCUUCUUGGAGGCUGCGAGUGGCCUCAGCAAGAGCCGAUCUGGCAAACGGCCUCUGAUGCGGUCGUGUGGCGCAAUGGCGAUGCCCUCGUCCGAUUCUUGGUCAACAAGACGCUGGUCAAGGAGAAGUGGACUCUCCGGGAAACCAUCUUCUUCAAUGCGGAGCUCCCCACUUUGGCCAGAUACCCGCCCGCUCAGGGCUUCAGGGUCUUGAAUCUUCACCCCCACGUCCGAUGCAUCCACCUGAUGCCAAUCAUCCGCGACAAGAUCGAGCAAAACGGCCUGUUGGAUGAUUGGAGGAAGGCGAAGACCUUCUCAUGCGUGGACACUGCGGGCGAGCGGAUGCAGGAGGACCCAAAGGCUAUGGACAGCAAGGCUUCGGAGUUCCUGAAGCCAGGGGAGCAGAUGAAGCCCGAAUGCGCCAUCAGCCCAUUGACAGAAGAGGUAUACAAGCAGUGCCUUGACGAAGGCCACAUUGACUUUGAGGUUUUCCGCACCAUGGCAAGGCAAUUCCCGAUGGACUACCGUCCGGACAUUGCGAGCCUGCGACUGCCGGAUCUCGUGAAGGACAGUCCGCAGCUCCUCCGCAUCCUGCCAGAUGUUAUGGAGAUGUUCAACACCACUAUCUCAGCUGAGCUAUGCCUGAUGCAGUUUGAGAAUCCAAGCAGCGUUGCAGGCCUAGAUGCAGGCCUGCUGCACCAAGCCUGUCGGGAAGCGCACGCAGCACUGCAGAAGCUCGUGCAUCGUGCGCUCGAAGAAUCCGAUGCAGAAUAUUAUGUUCGCGAAGCUGCCGCUCAGGCCCUGGGGGCCAUGGGCAAAGAGGCAGUGGAAACUGUUUUGCCUGAGCUGCAGAAUGC